UAUAUAUAAAACUAUUUAGUACUUAAGUACAACAGAGAGCGCAACAAUCGCUAUAAAAGAUAAAUAGAUAAACCACUCUAUAAAAUGAAUAUAUCACGAUUAUAUUUGUGAUAUGCAAAAAAUGAAUACAUUCUGUUUAGCAUUUGUAAUUUAUUAGUGCUGUCAUUUAUUAUUUUUAUUAUUAAGUAAUAAAGCAUAUUUCAAAAAAAUUUCUUGAUAAUAAAAUUAUAAUCAAAUAAUAUGCCUGUUGAUGUACUUGGAUAUAUAUAUGCCGCUACAGUAGCGGCUGGUGGUAUAAUGGGUUAUGUAAAAGCGCAAUCAAUUCCUUCUUUGGGUGCUGGACUUAUCUUUGGAUCUGUUUUGGGCUAUGGAGCUUAUCAAACUUCUCAAGAUCCUACAAAUAUUGGACUUUCUAUAGCAGCAACUUCUGUUCUUGGUGGACUUAUGGGUUAUCGUUAUUAUAAUAGUGGUAAAUUAAUGCCAGCUGGAUUAAUUGCUAUAUUCAGUUGUAUAGCAUUAAUAAAAACAGUUGUCAGAUCUUUUUCUGCAGCCCAUGUAAAUGAAACAUUAAACAAAGAAAGUUAAGAAGAAAUAAUAAAAUCUGUAAAAGGAGAAGAGGAUAGAAAAUAUACUAUGGAUUCUAAUGAUUAAAACAAUUAGUUAAUGUUAUAAACCUA